GGAACUGGUCAGGAUCGGGACGCGGCUGUGCUGGAAUCCCAACAAAACUUUCCCAACAAAGUCAAGUGGAUUACAACUUUUAUCGUUGCUUUUAUUUUCCGUCUCACUCGCAGCUUGCCGCUGGAUGUCAAGUCGACCAAAACGCGUCCGUGUUGUGCGUCUCGGCGAUGAAGUAGACGCGAACAAGCGCCUGGAAAACGGAGGAGUAAGUUUGGGAAAUGAUGCCCGAGCGACUGCAUCCCUCCCUCCAAAGUUCAGCUAAGGUGGCUAACGUUAGCUAGCUCCAAGCUGCUUCCUAAACGCGCCGUGAAACUUUGUUUGCGAUCCAAACAAGCGAAAAUCCGUCCAGUCGUUGCCUAAAAAAAAGGCCUGCUUUUAGCGGAUGAUCGUCCCCAAGUGAAAGUUUUCAUCGUUGCCUCGGGUUGAGAGGAUCCCGCUAAUCGGUUAGCAUCUGUUUAAAACUCACAAAGAGGAAUAAAAAAAAAAAAAAACGCGACACACCUCUUCGUGUUUACGGGCUACAACUUCACCAUGAGGAGAAUGCGGCACUUCCAGGCGACUUCGUGUGGACUACUUGAAGAGCAUCACCUCCAGAGCUUCAGGAGAUGAGAGAGGAGGCGAACCAUGAGCUUUUUUUUUGUUGUUGUUGUUGUUGUUGCUGAAAACCUGUGUAGGAUGUGCUGAUUUCUACAUGUGGAGGAAGAACUAUGAAGUGUGGAGCUCUGGAUUUGUGCACCAGCGUGGGGCCUUCUGAACCACCUGGUGUGAGUUGUUAAACUUCAGCACCCCCUGUUUUCAUCCACCGUUUUAGCCUUUUUUAAAGCACAUUCCCAGCUUUUAAUGCACUGUUGGUAGUGGUUCUUCAGCUCUUUUGAGGGCCUGGAUGAGCAGGAUUGUGCCAAAAUGAAGGUGACUGUAACUUUUGGACAGACAGGCGUAGUGGUGCCUUGCAAAGAGGGAUGGACUGUGCGAGACCUGAUCCAGCAAGCCACGCAGAGAUACAGGAAACUCCUGGAACAGGAAGGAGAGUUCCUGGUUCGGACUCACCAUGUAGAAUACUGUGAUGGGGGUAUUCUGGACCCUGAUGAUGUACUCAGUGACCUGGUUGAAGACAAAGACAAGCUGAUGGCAGUGUACGAGGAACAAGAAGCCCAGCAGAGGAGUGUUGUUGACACCAGCCUUAGCCCCAGCCCUGACCUUCACCAAGCAGAGCUCUCUGUUUUUCAGCCAAUCACAGGAGGAGAGAUUGAAGUCAAUUCCUCAGCCCUCAAGUCUAAUACGCCCCUUCUGGUGAGAAGCAGCAGUGACUCAGCCCUCAGCCCCCAAACAACAGAGACUGAAGCCUCUGGCAACGAAGGCAGGAUUGGGAUGGCAGCCAGUCCUGCUGGGGAAGAGCCGUCAGGGGUGGACCGAGCUCAAAGCAAACCCACCUUCAAUGAGAGCCUGACCCGAGUGGUGGAGAUCCAGGGUGCAGACAGUCCGCUGGGGAUCCACGUGGUUCCAUACUGCUCCUCGCUGAGCGGACGAUCUCUUGGUCUGUACAUACGUGACGUUGAAGAGGUGAGCCGUUCAAGAAAGGAAGGCUUGUUUCACGAGGAUGAGUGCAUUGUCAAAAUCAACAACACUGACCUCAUGGACAGGACAUUCAGUCAAGCCCAGGACAUCUUUCGCCAGGCGAUGCGUUCCUCCCUCGUUCGUUUAGAAGUUCUCCCCUCCCCCAACAGGGAAAUAUAUGAGAGGAGUCUGAUUGGUCAACUCCAUGGCAGCGGUACUGGUCCCAACAGCAGUCCUCAUGUCCCCAAAUCCAAAGGUCCACCUCCUCCUGUCAAAGCCAAACCUACGUUUAAGCCCCCUGAUAAUCCAACUCCUAAUCCAGAAGUCGUCUCCAGUCCCAAGGUGAAAAGUGAGAGUCCCCUCCUUAGAAAGAGUCCUGCACUUUCUAACUUUGUGUCCAACAAGAAAGGAGGAAGGAGGCUGCGGAUUGACUUAAAGAAAGGUUCAGAAGGUCUUGGAUUCACUGUAGUAACAAGGGAUUCUUCAGUACAUGGUCCUGGUCCUAUUUUAGUCAAAAACAUUCUGCCGCGUGGAGCUGCUGUUAAAGAUGGACGUCUUCAGUCUGGAGAUCGCAUAUUGGAGGUAAAUGGUGUGGAUAUCACAGGGGUGGGCCAGGAGGAGCUGGUGUGUAUGCUCCGCAGCACUCGUCAGGGAGAGACUGUCUUUCUGGUGGUCUUGCGGCAGGAUGACAUGUUCUUGCCCAGAGAAAUGAAGGAUGAGGUGUCUCGUGUGCCUGACGUUGUUUCGGAGAAUGGAAAGGAACAACUGAUGUUUGAGAUACCCCUUAAUGACACCGGCUCAGCGGGACUCGGCAUCAGCCUCAAAGGGAACAAGUCCAGAGAGACGGGAGAGGAUCUGGGAAUCUUCAUCAAAUCCAUCAUACAUGGAGGGGCUGCAUAUAAGGAUGGGCGUCUGCACAUUAAUGACCAGCUCAUAGCGAUAAAUGGCGAGUCGCUUCUGGGACGCUCUAAUCACGCAGCCAUGGAGACGCUCCGUCGAUCGAUGUCACAGGAAGGAAACGUCAGAGGGACAAUCCAGCUGGUGGUGCUGAGGACCUUGCAGGAUCAAUUAGAGAGCUCACCUAAUUGCUCUUUUGACGGUUCAUCUGGGCUGUCAGGACUGAUGAGCCCAGUGAAGGGUCAGGCAGGAUUGGUCAGUCAGGCCACUGACUCCGUUCACCCGCCGAUGGUGAACACUAGCUACGCUUCUAGUGUGACUAACGGGAGUUACUUUCACAUGGAAGAGGAAGAGGAGGAAAUAUGUGAACAAGAUGCUCAGAUCAGCUCCAACCAGCAGUACUAUUUACAAAAAAAAGAAUACACUCACGUGUCUCUCAGGGCCCAGCCUCAGUCUCCUGCCCAGAACCAGAACCAACAGCAGUUCCAGCACAUUAAAGCCUCUAAAAGCAUGGACCUUGGUACGAGUCAGAGCCAGCAUUACAUUGUUGCAGAUGAGAGCAACGUUGGAUCCCUGGGUGGAGCCACUACUGCUCCAUCAACUCCUGUGGAACUUGGUCCAACCCUCGGCUUGAAAAAGUCCAGCUCCUUGGAGAGUCUACAGACGGCCAUGUUAGAGGUUAAUAAGAAAAAUGAGCUCCUCCCAUUCCACCGUCCACGCCCAAAUAUGGUCAGGGGAAGGGGCUGCAAUGAAAGCUUCAGAGCAGCUAUUGAUAAAUCCUACGAUGGGCCAGCUGAAGAUGAUGAUGAUGAAGGUUCAGAGCCGAGUUCAGGCCGUGACACUCCUGCAAGUAGUUCAUCCCGCCAGGGAGUUGAUCAAACAGAAGAGAAAAGCAAAAAAGACAAGAAAAAGAAAGAUAAAACUAAGAAGAAGGAAAAAAGCAAAGGCAAAGGAAAGGAAAAGGAGAAAAAGAAAGUAGAUGAGCCUGAGGAAACAGAAAAGAAGAGCAAGAAAAAAGGCUUUGGUCUUCUGAGAUUUGGAAAGAAAAAAGAGGAGAAGAAGGAGGCAAAGGCAGCUCUGCAACGACAAAAGUCAGACAUUCUGAGUGACCUCGAGCUGGAGAGGAUGAAAGAUGAAAGAGAGAGGAUUGAAGCAGGGCAUCCUGAGCUGCAUGAGCAACAGCCCAGGGAUUUGCAGGUUGCUAGUGGUGGAUCAGCAUACCCAGUCUUUGAGGAUGACGAUGCAGACCCCAACUAUGCCCAAAUUCAGACCUUCAGGGCCCAGGAGAUUAGUCCAGUGCAGCAGCCACUGCCUCAGCCUCCUCUCUACAGCACUAUUCAGCAUGCUCAUGGCCGCACACCUUCACCACUAGGUCCCUCUGGCUUUGCAGGACACGGAAAGCAUGUUAAUGAGCCUGGAGUCAUGCCAGAUGAUGACCCUCUCGAUAGGCUGUAUGCCAAAGUGAACAAACCGAGGGGAGCUGGAACUACAUCUCCUGCUCCAGCACCUGCUAAUGACAGCGUGGACAGGAUCCAGCAGUUAAAGAGAGAGUAUCAGCAAGCGAGACGAGAAGGAAUGGUUCCGCCUUACGAAGAAAUGGACCCGAGACGUCGAUGGCAUGAAACUGACCCACACAGGAUGCCAGCCAAAGGGACAGAUCAUCGUGUGACACCGCGGUAUGAAGAGGUGGAACGUCAGUACGCCUCCUUACCAAGACGAGGUCCGAUGGAUCCAGCUGAUUAUCCGAUGCAGCCAUGGUCAGGUCAUUACCCUGGUCCUCCCCAGCCCCAACAAGGAUACCCCCAGUCCCAGACUUACUGCAGUUCCCAGUCUGGCCCAUCUUAUUCUGGGUACCUGCCUGGCCAGCCAUACCCACGAUCAGGAGACCCCCGAGGGAUUGAACCUGGCUACUACCCCCACCCUAGCUCUCAACAUAGAGGGCCAUUACGACAGGAUGUGCCCCCAUCUCCCACGCCUCCAAUCCGGGCACCACGGUACGAAACCAUGACUCGUGGAACUGUGGGUGAAGGCUACAGGUAGAAUGGGGGAAUGGGAUUCUUCUGUGGACAAAGAAACUCCAGGCACCCGAUGGAUCCCAGUAUAGACCUGUGUGGUUAUACUGGAGAAUAAGAAAACAGCAGCAUCCACACCAAACCAACUCCAGAAAGAAGAAUGCAAUAUUACCACCCAUGGAGACACUAUCUUUUUAAAAUGAGGCAUCCACAUUCAGUAUUUUUAAAUGUCAAUAUCCACAAGCACGCACAGAUUUUAUCACUAAUUGUUUGGUCUUUUACAUCUCAAUCACAGUAAAGUGCUGUAUGAAAUAUAUUUUAUGGUAUGUUAUUAAAGCUGCAGCUCUUAGGUUUAUUUUAUGUUUCUCUAAGUCAAGAUGAGUUUAAUUACAUUUUAGUACAAAAUUAGAUCAAAUCCAAGUGGGAAACCAAAUGACUCAAUUUGGCUCUUUGUUAAAUGUAUCCGGCAACAACAGUAAUUCAAAUCAGCUAAAGUAAACCUAAAUCUCAUUUGGCAUUUGAAUCAAAGUUAGCUGUAUGGGACAUACAUUUAUUUAAACCGAUAAUUUAAUCUGUUCUCUGUUUGUCCCUAAUCUGUCAACCUGUGUAAACUGAGUCACCUCACACUGUUAGAAUAUUUUUAUUUUCACUUCACUUUUAGUAUCACUUGUUCAGUCUGUUGUUAAAAUACAGGACAACCUUUCAAAUUCUUUUAAAAGCU